AUGUCGGUGGCCGCGGGUGACGGCGUGAACUGUAAAACUGGCUGCCACCCAGAGAAUGGAUUUUGUGAAUUUCCCAGUGAAUGCAGGUGUCAACCUGGUUGGCAGGGUGCUCUUUGUAAUCAGUGUGUUCCUUUCCCUGGGUGUUUGCACGGCAGCUGUGCCAAGCCCUGGCAGUGCAUCUGUGAGGAGGGCUGGGUUGGCAGCCUCUGUGACAUAGAUAUUCACCCAUGUUCUACAAAGCCCUGCAGCAAUAACUCAACAUGCAUAGAGACUGGCGAUGGAGGAUAUAUUUGUCUGUGUGCCCAGGGAUUUACAGGAAAAAACUGCCAUCUCAAAAAAGGACCCUGCAUUAUUAAUGGCUCUCCCUGCCAGAAUGGAGGAACAUGCAUUGAUGACAAUGGUUUUGCACCACAUGCUUCCUGUCUGUGCCCUUCUGGUUUUGCUGGCAACUUCUGUGAAAUAGAUAGAGAUGACUGUGAAUCCAACCCGUGUGAAAAUGGAGGAACGUGUACAGAUAUUGGUGUGGGUUUCGGCUGUUUUUGUCCCCAUGGCUAUACAGGAAAACUCUGCAGCAGCCGCGUCAUAUUCUGUGCAAGUGGCCCGUGUGAGAAUGGAGGGACAUGCAGUGAACAUCCCCAGGGAGGAUUUGAAUGCAUCUGUAAACCAGAAUUUGUUGGUGCGACCUGCAAACAUCCCAGCAAAAACACAAGCCUCUUCGGAGUGAAUAUGGAGACAAAGCAUAUGCAGAAUUACAAGCCAUCCCCAAAAGCUCAUCACAGAUCAGCACAUCAUCAACAAGAAAUCCUGAAAAUAACAAUGAAAGAAACAAUCCAAAAUGCAGAUCCCUUGCUCAGUAGAAGCCAGGUGAUAUGUUUUGUUGUACUGGGCUUGCUUACAUGUCUUGUUGUCUUGGGUACAACCGGGAUUGUGUUUUUUUCAAAAUGUGAAAUGUGGCUUGCUAAUGCCAAAUAUAGUCAUCUCCUACGCAAGAAAAAGAACUUUUUCCUGAAAUCUAACAAUGGGGAAAACCUCUCAGUUAAUAUUAUCUUCCCAGAGAAGAUCAAAUUGACUAAUUACACUAAGAACUACACUGCCAUCUAG